AUGGAAGAGGAGGUUGACACCAGCACCGCUACCCAAACCCACGGCUACGAGUGUUCACGGCUAGAGGAUGAAGAUGUUGCUGCCCUUGUUCAAGAUGCGGAUUCCCUCCAGCAAUGUGAUGACAAAAAGAAAGCUACUCCGCAGUGUACAUGUAAAGAAAAAGCAACAGUUGCACCGAAGGGUUCGACGGGGGUAAACCACAUUGCAAGUCCAAAAAUCGAGAAUGAUGACAGAGCCAGCAGCCCCAGAGACUCCGAGAAGAGUCCUGCCAGAUACAAUGUCCUUGAUGUUGCUCUGAGUACUGGUACUGUUGAUGUGGCAUCUGGUACCGGGGAAGAUGCCAGCAACAGCCAUGGAAACUCCAUGAAGACUCCUGCUCUUCCCAACGCUAUCCAUCCCGGAAGCGUUGACGAUGACGAUGACAGAGACCUGAAUACUAAGAUUGGACCGGGAACUAUGUUGCUUCAGCAGAGAUUUCAGAAUGAUAUCAUGCCACUGCCAGGGGACAUUACGCCAUCAGUGCUCCCUGGAGCUCACCCUGUGGGUCCUAUUGGAUCUGCUAGAAUUCCCCACACAAGGGGAGUGAUUGUUGCAAAUGGUACAGCCACGACAGGACCUCGAAAUGGAGAUGCCGGUUUGAUGAUUGCCCAUCGAGUAAUUGAUCAAGACCUAUUACAAGUGGCUGAAGAAAUGGACAGAGAAAUUCAACAACAAUCAACAAGCAAAAGAUCUCCUUUUUUACUGGCCAUGGGAGGAAUACUUUUACUUGUGACAGUGGUGCUUUUGCUGGUGUUUCUACUGGCCGAGGGCCCCUAUGAAGAGACAAAAAUUGUAUCUUCUACACCGCCAACCCAGGCUCCAAGCUUUGAUCCGCAACAACACAUGUUUGAUGCGCUUCCCAACGGCACAGUGGAUGCCAUUGACGACCCACUCUCUCCCCAGUCCCUAGCAUUUCAGUGGCUCUCCAAUGAUCCAAAAUACCUCAACUACACAACAGACAGGCUUGUUCAACGCUUUGCCCUCGCUACUCUCUACUACGCUACCAAUGGGAAUGAAUGGCGGAACAACACCCGAUGGCUCUCCUAUGAGCACCAUGAAUGUCAAUGGUUUGCAAUGGACUUGCUCAAUGCUUUUCGCAUUGGAUUCUUCAGUAGCCGUUAUAUUAUUGAGAACAAUCCUAUGUUUCAGAAAUUGCCAACCGAACCAUUUCCCUGUGGCCCAGCACUCUCAGACCGCCAUGACCAGCCCUACAAGCAUCUCUGGCUUUUCAACAAUGGCCUCAAAGGCAAACUUCCUGAUGAAAUCUACCUUCUGACCUCAUUGAAGAGUGUUGUUCUUUUUGUCAACAAUCUUGCGGGUUCCACCCUUCCCACAUAUAUUGGCAAACUGACAUCACUGGAAUUGCUUGCGUUUGUGCGGACUGACUUGGGCGGCUCCAUUCUUUCUGAGAUUGCUAUGCUUACGAAGCUUCAUUCAAUUUAUGGAGGCCUCAAUAGACUGACUGGCCCAUUGCCAUCCGAAUUGGGGCUGUUGGCCAGGGGCUUUUCAUUUGGCCUGGUUCUCGCAAAGAACGCGUUGAGUGGGACAAUCCCAAGUGAGUUGGCAUUGCUGACUGACAUGGAUACCUUUAACAUGAACAGAAAUAGUUUGACAGGGACUGUCCCUAGCGAGCUGGGGAACAUGGUCAAGUUGAACUGGUUUGAACUUUGGGGAAAUCAGCUCACUGGUCAACUUCCCUCAGAGCUGGCCAUGUUGAAGGAGGCAAGGUCGUUGAUGCUCCACCAUAACCUUUUGACUGGAAAUGUACCAAGUGAAUAUGGCCAAAUGCACUCCUCCUUGACAGGACUGUUUUUGAUGGACAACCAACUCAGUGGCUCGGUCCCUUCAGAACUGGGACUGCUUACUUACAUGGAAACUUGCUGGCUGAACGACAAUCUCAUGGGUGGGACCAUUCCCCUGGAAUUGCAAUCAUUGGGUGAUAUUGGUGCAUUAAAGUCCCUGAAUCUCACUGGCAAUGGAUUUUCAGGGAGUAUCUCAGGCGAAUUGUGCAACAUAGGAGUCAACGUGUCUUGUCCUGCCUUCGGGGAUGGUCGUAUAUUUGAAUGUUCACUACAGUUUGACUGCUCUGCCAAGCUCUGUGGAUGUGAUUGCCCUUGCUUCUAG